GCGAUUUCGGUGUUUCUGCGUACGAUGGUUCCCAAUCCAAUGUUUUGAAAUCACGUAACAGAUUAUUGGUGAACAGAUAAUAUGGCAGAGAUAAUGUUAUAGAACUAUAACGUGACUGAUUGACACGUAAUUUUUCUUUCUCUUACUGACCAUUUUUCUGGUGACCCAUACGGUUGUGCUGCUAUGUUUCUGAGAAAAAUCGCAUCUCAAGGUUCGCCGACAAGGAGCUUAUCCUUCAUAGGAAAUUUACAGCUGUAUAGAAAACUAUCAAGAAACUCAGUAGGAAGUUGGAGCCCAUCAGAGGCAUCCACAUUUUCUCCAAAAAAAGCCUUGGUAUUGACAAAACUAUCUCGCUAUGAAUUUGAGAAGCUCAGGCACAAGAAUCUUGAUGAAAAUCAAUUGGAGGACGCUUUACGAAAGCGAGGAUCUGAUUACAAUAUGUUACUCUACCAUCAUACUCUCCAUAAAAACUGUGAAGCCAUGGUGAAGAGUAUCUUGGAGGAAAAGAACAUUGAAACAAAAGUUGUGACUCGCUUUGAUUACAAUGAAAGUAACAUUAACUGGGCUGAUGUUAUCUUUACUGCUGGAGGAGAUGGUACAUUUUUACUUGGUGCAAGUAAAAUCCACGAUCCUACGAAGACGAUAAUUGGUUUUAAUAGCGAUCCUACAAGAUCCGAAGGCUACCUCUGCCUCCCGAAGAAAUACUCGAAUAACAUCAAGAAUGCCAUUGACAAGCUACUUCAGGGAAAGUUCCGUUGGCUUUUUCGCAAGCGUAUCCGCGUGACACUCAUUGGCGAUAAAAUUUAUGAUGUACCUGUUGAGCUGCAUGAUCAGCAGCUUAAUCAAUUAGAAAACCGAUUUUUAGAGAUUUCCGAGGACCGUGACGAGGUCCCUAAGUCAGAAGAAAGCAUAAAGAACAAACGAAUUUUGCCUGUGAAAGCUCUCAACGAAGUGUUUAUAGGCGAAGCUCUCUCCGCUCGAGUGUCUUACUAUGAGCUUGCAGUGGAUGGAAGUGAGCGUACUAAAGUCAAAAGUUCAGGACUGUGUGUAUCGACUGGAACAGGAUCAACCUCCUGGACUUUUAAUAUCAACAAGCUUCCCCAUCAAAGUGUCAGUGAUUUAAUGCAACUGAUUCAAGAAGAAACGCGCUUACCAAUUGACUAUAAGGAUCAACGGCUCAUUGAUAGGAUUACUGCAAAAUUUAACAAUAACCUCAUUUUUGGACCUGAGAUAGCUUUAAUGGGCUACACAAUUCGAGACUCAUUAUUGGAUGGGACAUUACCAGUACCGGGGGAGCGGAAACCUCGAGGAUUCGCUAAGCAACUCAACAUUCGCUCCCGCUGUUUUGACGCUUCCCUAGUCAUCGAUGGUGGACUGUCGUAUUCUUUUAAUGACGGAACAGUCGCUAUUCUUGAUAUUGUAGAUGAGGAUGCGUUGAGAACCGUCGUUUUAAAUGAACCUUAAAAACUCUAGUUCAAGUGACUUGUGUUCUAGCAAUUCCCUAUGUUCCACAUGUGUAAAGAUAAGCUAAUUUGUGUCAAUGCCAUCCAAUAGAUUUGUUUCAUAUAUUUAAACCAAUUAAUAAGGAGUAAACAAUUUUAUUUUUCAUGUGUUUCUUUGAACCAUUACACAUAAUGUACCAAACUUUUGGAAUUCUUCAGAUUAGUCAGUGACCGUACUAGGAUCCAACAAUGAUGUUGUUGAUGGGGAUGUGGAUGA